GCCAUGGGAACCAGCUGCGAGUCAGGCUCCGCGGCGGCUUGCUCCGUUUCCAGAGGGAUGCGAGCGGCGGCCCCGAGCGCCACGCUGCCCGCCAGCCGGCCGGCCGGCCCGAGAGACAGACGCCUGCCCUGCCCGGGCCGGGGGCCCCGGGGGAUGGCGAUGUGAGCCCGCCGUGGCCCCCGCGGCGGGGCGGAGGCUCCCACCAUGAGUGAUGCGUGGACCCUGGACUACGAGGCCCUGUCGCCCUCGCUGGGGGGGCCGCCGGGCCCCGCGGGGCUGGACGCCGAGCAGCGCACCGUCUUCGCCUUCGUCGUCUUCCUGCUCCUCUUCCUCGUGGUGCUCAUGGUCCGCUGUUUCCGCAUCCUGCUCGACCCCUACAGCCGCAUGCCCGCCUCGUCCUGGACCGACCACAAGGAAGGGCUGGAGCGGGGCCAGUUCGACUACGCGCUCGUCUGAGGGGCCCUGGGGGCUAGGGAGCCCGGGGACUCCCGGCCGGGGCCCUCUUUCCUUCUUUCUUUCCUUCCCCGCCGCCCGGAGGAGGGCGAGCCCCUUCUGGGCCCGGGCGGAGAGCCCGCUCUUUGAGGAAAGAAAGGGGAAUCCCGGGAGCCGAGCCGGGAAUUCCGAGGGGACGGACGGAGGCCCGGAAACCUGGGGAGGUGGGGGACCCGAGAAACUGGGAUCCUGCAUCCCAGUCUUCUCAGAUCCAUGACUUGCCCCGUCUCCUCCUCCUUUCCCCCUUCCCGCAGGGUGAGGGCAAGGGGCUCCCCGCUCCUGGCCCGGGGUGGGUGGGCCCUCUGCUCCCCGGCCGAAUGCCCACGUUCCUUGGCACGCGUGGGGAGCUCUGCCCACUCUGAGCGGAAAGGGCCCUCCGCUCUGGUGCCCCCCGCCAAUCCCUGGCCGGUGAGGAGCGGACCCCGGGCCUUCCCUGGAAGAUCUGGGCUGUUGGGUGAAUUCCUGAGCUCCACUGCCUCUUCCUCUCCUCUUCCUCCUUCUCCUCUCCAAGGCCCACCCCCCGGCCAGCUCCUAGGGCCCAGAGAGAUGGCCAGCCCAGACAGUCAGACACAGCCUGUCUCCCGGCCGGCUGACAGGCUGCCAGCCCAGACUGGCAGACGGCAGGGCAGAAGCUAAAUUCCUUCUUUCCUCUCUGGCUCUAACGCCGUUUUCCCUGCUAUGUCUCCUCCCCCACCCUGAGUGUCAUUUCCCCCUAACCUGUGCCCUUGCCCCUCGGCGUCACCCCCUCCCGCUGGGCUUCCCCCCCUGUUUUCAGAUCCCCGCCGCAUCCCUACCCAGGCUCGGGCCUUGGGUUUCCGCUCUGGCUCUAGACCGAGGUGCCCCAUCCCGUUCCGGCCCCCUUCCGCCCCCGGUGCCGUCCCUGCACAGGGAGGGAUAGGGAGGGUGGGGGGAAGUGGACAGGGGAGAGGCUUGGGGGGGUCACAGGCCUCUAGUGAUGCCCCUUCUGCUGAUCCUGCGCCAGCAGGGAGGCCAUCAGGUGGAGAGAGGAUGGGCGCUGCCCAUCCUGGGCAAAGUUGGGGCUGCCUCCCUGGACACUGCAGGCAGAGCCAGGGAGGUAACCUCCCCCAGGAAAAGUGGGUGUUGGGACUGUGGGGAGGAGGGGCCGGGGAUGAGAGGAAACAGGAGGGACCGGAGUCGGCGGCCCCCGCUGAACAGAGGGGGGAAGACUCAAAGCAGGAAGGGCUGGCUAGCUCUGUAGUCCACUGAGUCAGGGGCGCAAGGCUGGGAUAAGAGCUCGAGUCCUGCAUGUCAUUCAAGGAAGGGGAAGACCCAUCUGGGCCAGAGAAAUCUCUUCCUCUACCUCCCCAUGUCCCCUCUCUGCCUGGCCGAGAUCCUGAACUAAGUAAGCUCUGCAUCGUUUCCUUCCCUUCCCAGUGGGCUAUGCAGGAGGAGGACCCAGACUCCUUGGCAGUCUCGCCCUGCACUGGGGAGCGUAUCACGGGGGUCCAUCCCAGUCACAACAGGGCUGAGCCCCGCCCGCCUCCCCCAUUCCGGGGAGAGCGGGAACCUCACAGGCUCCUUCCCAGAGGGGCAGGGGCGAUCUGGGUCUAAAGACAGCCCCCCCGCCCCUCCGGCCUACCCCUCCCAGGCCUGUAGACUCACGACUUGGACCCCAAAGAGAGGGAUGGGGCCAGAACCAAAGUCUCCUCCAUGUUGGCGAGUCCAGGAAUCUCCGACUCGGACCCCCGCCGGAGAUCCCACUCCGCCCAGGCGCAGAUCCCCUAGGGAGUCCAAAUGGCUCCCCUGGUGACCGCCCCUUGCCUGGAGCUCGCCCAGAAUCCGGGGUGCCGACCGACCGCUCCCCGCCCCGCCUCAUCGCCCUCCUUCCGGAGGCGACCCGGCUCCUGGCAGCCUUGUUCCCAAGGAGCCCCCGAGCGGACCCUUGUCGCCCCACCCUCAGUCCCCUCGCGUGCAGAGUGCCCUCCCGGGCCCCGUACCAAGCGCAGUGGCCCGGCCCCAGCCCCUGCCCUCUAGAACCUUCCAAUCGAAAUCAGGCAACCUUGACGUGGACGCGCCCGAAGGCCAAAGCGGCCCCGGGGAAAUGUUGUACGACCAACUGCGAGGAUGCAGAAACUGGGCCAAGCAAAGAAUAAAAUGAAAAAUAAAUAUUUACAUUGUGUCCAAAA